AUCAGGACAACGAAACCAUGUCACUUUGAGAGGAUAUUCACUUAAUUCUAGUUCUACAGUAGUAACGAUUAAGCUGACUGCAUAUGGAUAAAGAGUCAAUUGAUGAAUGGUUAUCUCUAGCAUAGAUAAUCCAUAACAUUCAAACAACACAGAAACAUUUAAAAUCUAUAUAGAUAUGGGAUUUAGAAGUGCUCAAUCUCUUGUAGAAGUGGAGAUGACAUUUUUUGAAUAACAUAACACUUCAAUCUGAGAGAGGAGGCGAUUAACAAUGGCAGUGAUGGACUGCUCUAUCUUAGGAGGUGAUAAUGCAACCUUCCUGCCAUACACCUUUCCAGUCAAUCUCAGAAACCAAUGCGCUAUCAUUGAAGAAGGAGACACCAAAUCAUUUUCUUUAGAGAAAACUAUAUUUUAUAUCAUACACUUUCCACUUUGUAUAAUGACAAUAGCACUCAACAUAACAGCUAUAAUACUGGUAAGUAACAUGAGAGGAGCUGUUAAAGCCACUAACAAACUAUUUAUGAAUCUGGCUGGAGCAAACAUAGUAACAUCUAUAUUCAGUCUAACUCGUGAGAUUAUAUAUGGAUUCGUCAUGAAAAAGCAUAGUGAAUUUAUUUGGAUUAUAACAUUCUGGGUCCUCGAUGUACCCUGGGCCACAUCUUACUUUGUUGCUGUGCUCUCAUUGGUUGGAAUAGCCUUAGUACGAUACAUUGCAGUACGUCAUCCGCUCAAAGGCUCCUCUCUGUUGACACGCUCACGUGUUCAUAACUACAUACUGAUGACCUGGAUUAUUUCAAUGUUUUCAAUUCCAUUGAUUAGUGCUCUUUUAAGGAUAUUCCCCAAACACUCAAUAUUUGGAAAAUAUUGUCGGGCAUUUGCGUUGCCUUUGCUGCAUAUCAUUUGUUACUUAACUUCAAUAGGGUUAGUGUUACGCGUACUGGCAGCAAUGCGCAGAGCUAAAAAAUGCACGAAGAAACUAGCAAGGAUGGCAAAGAUCAGAGAUACCUACAGAGGAAGCAUAACAACAUUGAUGCUGACGCUAAUGUCAUUCCUUCUGUUGAUGCCUUCAGUCCUAUACUUUGUAUUAGUUCAACUGAAGAUCACUAAAUACACAUUAUUUUUGGAAUGUGCCCCUGUAAUGACCAUGUUACUGGACCCAAUAGUUUACAGUCUUCGCACACAGGAGAUAUGGAAACAAUAUGAAUUAAAACUACGUGACGUAAAAUGCUAUUUUUGUUUAAAGUGCUCAGAUGAGGAAACCACACCGAAACAUAUGAGACUGGUGACUCUCAGAAGAAGACUAACAAGCAGCUCAAUAUCAAUGGACAUGGUCACACAUAAUUUGGAAUGAGAGGGAUACAUCUAUAGUACUUAAAAGUCAUUCUUCAUCUUAUGAAUGCUUAAUGCAUAAGGCAAAUACCCCUUCUAAUACCCCCAAGUUCUGAUUGAACUAUCUAGGCUUGUUUGUGCUAGAGAUAAAUAACUGUCAGAUUUAUGUUAUCCGAUGAUUACUUUUUUGUAAGGCUAAUAGCCUAGAACACAUUAUUGGUGACUGCAAGUCAGAACUGAUUUUAUUAAACCCCAUGAGAAAAAAAUAACUUAAAGAAAGGAGAAGGGGAAAUUGUUAGAUAACUUUACAACUCUAAGGAUUAUUCUGAAAUAAAGUAUGAACUACUGGACCUUUAAAAAUGAUAACAAAAAAUGUUGUAAAAUUGUCAAAAAAAUUUCAAAAUUUACCCUCAAAUUUCUAAAUCACAUCUACUUCUUUUAAAUCAUUGUUUUCAACAACACAAAUUGUCUUCUACACAUAGACCAAAAAAAGAAAGCCGAGAACAUAUGCUUUUGUCU